AUGUGCGGCUCCGCACCGUCCAAUGAAUUUCUUCACCACAUAUAUGUUAUGGAUAUCAGUUUGUUGGUGAAUCCAGAUGACGACGGACACCUCCACACUACGAGCUGUGACCGUCCCACUAUACGCCGACGAAGCUUGAGCCGAGAAAAUCCGCAUAAAGUGCGCAAAGUUUCCAUCGAUAGCGACUCCGACAGUUUCCAUCAAGGUUUACCGAUGAGCUUGCCACGAAAUUUACCGAGCUUACCGUUGAAUUUAGCGAGCUCACUGGGAUUAUCGAGCUCUUCGAGCCUACCGCUGAGUUUGCUGAGUUUGCUGAGUCUUUCUCUGUCCAGACGCAACACUGUCACCUCCAUUACCUCGCUCAGCUCCCACGACGAAGAAUCCCCUCCUCCUUUCAAGGUACCCACAAGCUACGAAGCCUUCAUUGAAGCCCUCAGGACAAACCGUAGGUACCCCCUUCAUCUCGAUAAGGUAUCGUUUACCGACCAUACUAUCAGCUCCCACGAACGCGACGAUAUAGUAAAGGCUCUCCACGAUAAGUAUGUGCAGCCACUUUUAGCCAUUACCGGCUAUAAAUGGGUCCGCAAAGAUGGCCCUGGCAAGAAACAAGGAGUCAAGACAUUCACUAUCAAAUACGUUUGUUCACAGCAGAAACCACCACGACCCAAUGGCCGGUGCCGUCAAUUGAGCCAUCCACUAAAAGAAUUCAAUUGUGAUUCUUGCUACUGUAUCAAAUACCACCAGUCUUCCGCUACCAUAGACAUUGCCUACCACCACCAUUGCCACCUGCCAUACAAAUUUCUACCUGAAAAAGUCAAGACAUACAUCAGCGAACGGCUCGAUAUGAGAGCCCAGGACAUAUACCAUGAAAUACUAAACCACCCAAAUUUUAGCGAUGUUAACCAUCUCAUAUACUUUACCAAGGUGCAAAGCUACUGGUCCAAAGAAAGGAUAAAAAAACGAGACGAAACCACCAAACAGGCGUUCAAGCGAUUUUUGGAAAAUUAA